AACGCCGCCCCGCGUCUCGCCACCUUCGAUGUGAUCCUGACCGCCCGUCAGUCUUCACCUUCAGAUCUACCCGAACGGAUAUAAAUCUAAACGAGACUCUAGACGAAAAUGUCGAACUUAGUCGGACUAGUCGCAGCCUGACACUACUACAACCGCGACACCGGGGCGACGAGGCCCAUGAUAGACAGCAGGACCGGAAGCACCGUCGUCGCGCCGCGAUUUUAUUCCUGAGAGCACCCCGCUUUCACCUGCUCGCGUCAUUCCCGCCCGUGCUGCCUGCUCAUGCGUUCGCUGGAAAGAGUAUUCGCGAUGGAGAAGAGGAUUCAGAUAAUUUUGAGAAUUCUAAAAAAUGGAGGAGGAUUUAGGUAGUAGCUACCAGCGUCUAGGAGCCUCCUUGCACCGAGCUACUCUUGCUCUGAGUCGUCGAAACCUUUUCUCUCCAGCCUACUAAUCCGUCGACCCUUCGCUAUUGCCACCGCCUUCGUUACAGAGUCACCCGUCCGUGCACAUGUAUGCGUUUGAAUUCCGCUGUUUCUUCGCGGGACGGUCACGCUCGCCUAUGAAAGACAUCUUCCCGCCAUUAGCACUCCCGCUAUCAUUAGAAGGCAUGCCGUCAUCACCAGAGCAAGGAAGCGAUAUAAUGGAUGCGAAGCCUACCAUGUCGAAAGGAACGUUCGAGAGAUGUAGUCCAGUGGAGGCCGUCUUUUCGCUCUUAUCGAGACGGCUCUUUAUCGCGGCGCUCGCGUUGACAGUGGCGUCGAUUGUCACGCUCGGCAUUUUCCAGACUGGGGACCAGGCUCGAGUGGCUAUAACGGGUGGGAUUAUAGUGAAGACGGAGGCCGGGGGAAUCAACGGCAGUGGUUAUUCGCCUUCGCUCUCCCCUCCCGACUCCCAGCCCCUUCCCUCCCCCCACCUCCGCUCCGAAAUCCCCCCGUCUACUACCGCGGAAAGCCCCCCUGCCGCUCACGCUCCUGUCCCCUUCAAACCGCCCGCCCCGGCCAAAGAAACCGGUUACCACAGGGAAUACGCGUUAGUAGACAAGUACGACUGGCAUCAGCUGGACAAUCAGCGAGCACACGUGUGCUACGCCGGCGUCCCCUGCUCCUUCGUGCUGCUUGUACCGAAGCACGCUCUUAACGGGACGAACCACGCGGGUGGGGGGAAGGAGAGGGCCGCCGUCGGCGAAGGUGGCGCGGGGGCUGCGAAACUCGCUGCGAAAUCGACGAAAUCGGCGAAACGGUCACGGUUUGACGACGAAAUCCUGGAGCUGGAGCGGCUGCUGCUACCGCACACGGAAAUACUUCUGUCGGACGUGAUGGUAACCCUAUACGGCCCUUCGCUGCAGCACGCUUCGCUGGUUUCGCAGACGGCGACGCCGAACGGGCCGCUGCUGCAGCUGUCGGUGCUGAUCUGGGACGUGGGCGACUACAGGGGCGUGGUCCGCGCGGACUGCACGCACGAGAGCGCCGUGGGCACGCGCUACUACCCCCCAGUGGGGCCAGGGGAGGUCCGCUACUUUCGCAUGCAGGUCCUCUCCCCCGACCCCCCCUCCCGCCUCUCCACCCGCGCAUCCUCCUCCUCCGCCUCCGUUUCCGCGACCGGCCUAAAUUCCGCCUCUUCCGCUGGCGGAGGCGCAGGGGGAGGCGCGGGAGAGGGUGCUGGCGCAGGGGGGGGCGCGGAGUGGGCGGGCGACGUGGGGUUGGAGGUGGCGGCGAUUCCGUCGCCCUGCUCUGUGGGCACGUUCGCCCGGUGGCUCAGACGACCCAACGGAUCGUACAAGUGGACCUCGUACACGUGUGCGGCCAUGUCAGUGGCGCUCAUAGGCAGCAGGAACAUGCGCCGCGUGACAGAGCAACGAGCGAGGAAAUCCGCUGCUGCUGCUGCUGGUGCUGCUGGUGGGUCCAGGAAACUCUUGGCUGCUCCAGAACCGGCUGCUGCUGCUACUGAAGGAGGAGCGGUUGAUCAUGGUCGGGCGUUGAGGGAGGAGCGGUGUGAGGAGAAGGGGCCCUUCGCCUGCGAGUCCAAGAAGCAGCUCCUAAGAGACCUGCUCGUAGCCCUGGGACCGGCCCUAGAGGAGGACGAACUCGCCCUAGCGGCCAAGAAGACAAGAAACGGCAGUGUGGGGGGUGGUGGUGGUGCGGGCAGUGGGACGGGCGAUGCGGAGGGUAGGACAGAGGAGGGGAAGGGGGAGGAGGAGGAGAGACAGGAGCGGGGGGAGGCGGAUUCGGGGAUUCCAGGCGUCAAGAUCUCGACCCGGCUUGCCCUGGUGGGGGAUUCCCAUAUGCGGAAUCUGUUCUACGACCUCACGUACUCGCUGUUACGGGACGAGCGGGUGCCUGGGAAGGGGGGGGAAAAGAGGGAGGGAGGGAGUCUGGGGGGUCAGAGUGGACUGAGAAUGAAGAGUAACGUGCACGGGCAGAUGUGCUCUCUCAUCUCCUCCUCUGGAUUGAUCCGUGCAUGCCAUAACUCGGAAUUUAGUGUCGUUGAUGCGGAUCAUGAUGACGUGGCACGGAGCGCUGAGCUGGAUGCUGCGGCGCGGAGGAAGGGGAAAGGGGGGAAGGGUGGGGGGGCGGGGGUGGAGGGGAGGGGCAGGGAGGAUCGGUGGAUGGAGAUUCGAUAUCACUGGAUCGAUGGACUGUACAGAAAUGGGCUGGACGGAUGUGUCAAACGCGGGCAGUACUCGGGCAGGGACGACUCCUUCCCCACGAUCAGCCCCACCCCGGACGUGCUAGUGGCGGACAGCGCCCACUGGAGCCUCGCCUUCUGCACAGAGCCCGAGGUGGCGUACGCGCGCAGCCUGCCCAUGUUCCUGGACUGGCUCAUCUCCGUCAGAAACACCAGCUGGAGUGGUGGGGGGGUGGCUGGGAGUGGCGGGGAGGGGAGUAGCAGUAACAGUAGUGACGGCAGCAGUGAUAGUAGGGACAGCAGCAGCGGCAGCAGCAGUGGCAGCAGUACAGGCACUAACAGCAGCAUCGCCACCGCCCAAGGCCGGCCCAUCCGCUCAGUUCUCUUCGUAUCAGCACCCCCCUUCCCCACUGGGUCCUCCAGAGUAGCCUGCGCCGGCCGCACCAACCAGGGACUUGUCUUCGCUAACAGCCUGGCCAAGACACUUGCAGAGAGAGAAGGAAUCAUGUUUGUGGAUCUAUGGCAUGUGGCGGCGCCUAGGUAUUUGGAUGCGUGUGGGAUGUAUAACCCGCAUUACACGUGUGAGUAUCAGGAUAGGAUCGAGGGCGAGGUGGGGCAUGCGCUUACGGAGUCCCUGGUCUGGGCGCUACAGAGACUGCUGCUGCCGAAGAGGGUAGAGGAUGGGGAGUAGAGUAGGAGUGUCACUGAGUGCUACUACUUAGGAAUCACUUAGAGAGAGGGAGAGCAGGAUAUUAUAGGUAAAAGAGUGAGGGAUUCGGCGAUGUGCGAAUAAGAAGCUCGGCUGCUCGAUUUACAAAUAGAGAAGCCCAUGUAGGUAGAAAACCUCUGCCAUAUUAAGUCCAAAUAUGCUCCCUGCAUAUGGCUGUAAACU